AUGGGCUCGCGGCGGCGGGCGCCGGCGCUGCUGCCCGCGCUGCUGCCCGCGCUGCUGCUGGCGCUGGCGCUGGGCGGCCCCGCGGCGCGGGCGCAGAACGACACGGAGCCCAUCGUCCUGGAGGGCAAGUGCCUGGUGGUGUGCGACUCCAACCCGGCCAGCGACGCCAAGGGCUCGUCCUCCUCCCCGCUGGGCAUCUCCGUGCGCGCGGCCAACUCCAAGGUCGCCUUCUCGGCCGUGCGGAGCACCAACCACGAGCCCUCCGAGAUGAGCAACAAGACGCGCAUCAUUUACUUCGACCAGAUCCUAGUAAAUGUGGGCAAUUUUUUCACGUUGGAAUCUGUCUUUGUAGCACCAAGAAAAGGAAUCUACAGUUUCAAUUUUCACGUAAUUAAAGUCUACCAGAGUCAAACAAUCCAGGUUAAUUUGAUGCUAAAUGGAAAGCCAGUCAUUUCUGCUUUUGCUGGAGACAAGGAUGUCACACGUGAAGCUGCCACUAAUGGAGUCCUGCUCUAUCUAGACAAGGAGGAUAAGGUUUACCUGAAACUGGAGAAAGGUAAUCUGGUCGGUGGAUGGCAAUAUUCUACAUUUUCUGGCUUUCUGGUCUUUCCUCUGUAA